GAUUAUCCCUUCAAAAUUUAAAAAAAGUUUUUUUAAAUUUUUUUAAAGGAAGUUUAUUUAAAUACAUGUACCACGUGAUUGGGACACGACACAGGAGCCAUAUUGGAAAUGCAUGUCGAAUGAUAGGACCAUGGAUCAAGAAGAAAAAGAAUCGCUUGCCCUGAACAGUUUCUUAGACAGUAUUGAGCUUAGUCAAGAAGAUAUUAAGUCUAGAGUGUCUCUCUUCAGCCACUUAGAAGCAUUAGCUGGAGCCGUAGAUUAUCAACCAGACUUUCAACAAACAUCAAUUACCGGAAGUACAAUGGAUGGUGUCUACUGGAAAGGGUAUGAGUCCGACCUUGACACAAUGGUUCAUAUCUCUUAUGUAACUGUCCUUGAAAAAGGCAAAAGUGUCGAAACGAAUAAGGGCCCUGUAUUCGAGAUGGUCGACGAGCAAGUUCAUCCGGGCUACACAAGGCUAAAAUUGAUAAAAGAGGGUCCUUGGGAGGAGAACAACAUAUUUUCAACUACUCCUGAAGGGGCAAAGUCGUUUUGCGUGGAGGAAAAUGGCAACUAUUUCCUGUCUGCUUACAAAAUGAAAUAUGCUUCUAAUCUGUAUUUGCAUGUCCCAGAGAAGCCAGUAUGGGUUGUACAGUCGAGUUAUGCAUACGGUGUCGAAUGGCCUGAUGACGUAGAACUGUUAGAACACGGUCCAUCUAUCUGCUUUACCGAUCAAUCCAAGAAGGACGAACCGCCGUCUGAUAUGGUUCCUUCGUUCACCUGUCCUGAAUGGCCGACAAAGGCAAUGGAAUGGGUCACCAGGAAACGUACACAUUGGCCAACUGAUGAAACAGUCAAAUCUCUCGUGAAAAAAGGUUGUAGAGUAGUUCCUGUUGGAUUCCGGGGAAGCAAGACGAAACAUAUUGAAUGGAGAAUUUCCUUCACUUUGACCGAGCGUAGCUUGAUUAAAACGUUCAACAACACACAAUACAAAUGUUAUGCUCUGCUGAAGAUGCUGUUAAAAGAGAUCAUCAACAAAGAAGUUCCAGAAGUUCUUUCCUCCUUCCACAUGAAGAACACGUUGCUCUGGACCAUCGAGAAAACUGACGCUGAAACCUGGAAACCAGCAAGGUUAACGUAUGCUUUCAUGGAAUGUGUACGAAACCUUGUCGGAUGGGUGAAAGAAGGAUACUGUCCAAGUUAUUUUAUAGUAGAAAACAACGUCUUUGACAUGAAAGUUGUUGGAGAAGAUCAGAAGAAAUUGGUCACUGUUCUAGAGAAUGUCGUAGCAAACAACUGGAAAAGUCUUUUGAUGUGUGAAACGUUCAAGAAAAAUGAUAGAUUCAUAGAACUUAUACAAGGACAGAGCGAAGAGUUUCUCGACGGGAUUGUUGAAGACUUCAAGGGUAACGACGCUAACGAGAUUUGGUUCAAUCAUGACAAAAAACUUUUUGAACGGUAUGAGCAUGCGCGAACUGAGAUAUUCAGCCAACUUGAUCAUCAAGAUGAUAUAGGACUGGCAAUAGCCAAUCAUCACCAAAUGAUAACGAAACUCCAAGGUGAGAGAUCUCCAUCCGAGUUUCAUGGUACUGUUAUUAAACCUCUUGUCCUUUCGGUGAAGUCAAAUCUGGGAUCACACUUAUUUGCUCUAAAUCAGAUGCAAAAUGAUGAAACUGGCGAGACGCUAAAAAUGGCAAAGGAACUCAUGGAGACAGGCAAGGCAUCGGACGCGACAUCUGGACCACUCAAACUUGCCAGCUUCGAAUUCAUGACUGGAAAUACUGCGAGAUGUUUACAGCUCACGGAAAAUAUCAUUUUAAAUCAGCACUUAUUCCCAACGCACCUUCCACAAUUUCUUCCGAAAUAUAUUGGCCCAACAGAUGGACAGUUGGAAAAAUAUAGAUAUUUUGUUUCAUCCAGUAUGACAGUAGCCGAUCGUUUUCAAAGCUCAGCAGCACAUGCGGUUAUCUUCUUCCCAUCCGAAAUUGAUGCAGCUCCAAACGCUGUCAGGUUCCAAUUGAACACUCGAGUUCCUGAAGCCGUACAACACAUUAGCUGGUUAAAAUGGGCUGUUUACGAUCCACUUGUUUUUGCACAUUUUCUACGUUUCCUGUGCUACCAAAAGACAAGAGAUGCCGAAAAAUAUCAAGAGGAACUGCAUGCUAUUGAGACUAUGCUUGAUAGAGACGAGGUUGGUUAUGAGAUGUCGGCCCUGAAUCUGUUAGGCUUCUCCUACAUGAGCGUUAACAACCUUGAAAAAGGUAUGGGCUACUUACAAAAGGCCAAAGACAUGGCAUUGUUGCCAGACGCAACCUUGUGGCAACUUGGGAACACAUUAAGCGCCAUGUUAUGCAACGGCAAGGGGAACUUCACGAAAAAAAUACCUAAAUACUAGAGGCUUUCUCAGACGAUCACCCACGCUAUCAGAGACAGACAUUACAUCCGACCAUUUUGCCGGAGUUACAGAAUUUUGACCUUACAAGUUUUUCAUAAUACUGUAGAAGAAAUCUCUUUUAAUAAUGUUUUUAAUGUCUGGCAUGGCCCAUAAAAAUGGCAUCAACUGUAAAAACACAAACGAGAAAAACAAGUUUCAUAAGACAGAAAAGAAAUCAAAGAGCAGAAAAGAAAGCAAUUUUUUGUCGGACAUCACUUGGAAAAAUAUUUUCCUUUUCAGUUUAAUGAAUGCGCCAGAAAGAAAUAGUUUUGAUCCAUAAACUCUAAAACGUGUGAAUGUGCAUUUCUAAAGCACAUAUUGAUGGCUUACCAAUAUUGUUUUAAAUGUAAGCGUAUCCAAAUAUUUUGUUCUGUGCGUUGCUAUAUUUACCGUUUACGUAAUUUUUGUAAUGAUAAAUUAAUGGCAGUAGCUGUGCAAAUGUUUCGCGCAAAUAACCAAUAUAAGCGUUUUGUAAUCGUGCAGCGCAAAUAACCAAUUUGUGAUUUAAGACAUACUGAUUUUAUCUUACGACAAAAUUCCAUAAGAGGACCUUUCCAUAUAAAAUUGUUUAACGAUACAAAUGACAAAAAAACAGACAUACUUGAAGGUGUGAAUUGUCCGAGCCGUUCUGUUUUAAGUGUACAUUUCUUUAAAUAAUAAUAAAUGUGAUCAUAUUUAUGCAGUUAUUUGAAGAAGAUACUUACAUCCUUGGUAAUUUACGUACUAUUUCUUUAAAAGUCGUUUCUAGAGUUACUAAUAGUCAUCCCAGAUGUAUUUUAUAAACACUUAUUAUUCUUAACUUUUUAAUGCUUUUAUAGUUUAACAUUUAAAAACUGAAAUUGUAACUUUCACAAAAACACGAAUAAAAUAUCAAAUCCUGA